AUGGCGAUGGAGUGUGACGACUGGGGCGACGGCGGCGGCGACAUGAACGCCGUCCCGGACGGCGUGGUGCAGCACAUCCUGUCGAUGCUCAGCAACGUCCGCGACGUGGCGGCGUGCGCCUGCGUCUGCCGCCGCUGGCGCGACUGCGUCCCCUACCUCCCGGCGCUCUUCUUCCCGCGGAACGCCUUCGACGCCGCCGCCGUGGGCGGGGGCGCCGCGGACGAGGCCAUCGGCCGGAUGGUGGCCGCCGUCUCGCGGCUCAGGGAGCUGGUCAUCUACUGCCCCUUCUCCAUGGCCCGCCUCCCCGCCUGGCUCGCCAUGCGGAGCGCCUCGCUCCGGGUGCUCGAGCUGCGGAUGGACGCGGCCGCCGACAAGGAGGCGGCGGGCGGCGGCCACCUGGACUGCGUCGCCCUGGCGACGGGCCUGGAGGAGCUGAGGCUCUGGGGGGUGCUGAUGACCAACGCGCCGGCGUGGGGCCGGCUGCAGCACCUCCGCGUGCUGGAGAUCGUGGGCGCGCCGCUGCGCGAUACCGCGAUCACGGAGACCGUCGCCGCGUGCCCCAACCUCACCGACCUGUCGCUGCUUGGCUGCGACUGCUCUGGCGAUGUAUCCAUCCAGCUCGCUAUGCUCCAGCGGUGCCGGCUCGACUUCCUCGGCGGCGGCAACUGCUCGCUCUUGCUCUCCGCGCCCCGCCUCGAGUCACUCGAGGCCCAGGGCUUCACCUGGAUCAGCCUGCGGGGCGGCCACAACCUCCGCCGCCUAUCGAUCGCCAAGAGCACAGGGAGGGUGUAUAAGGUGGACACCGGGAGGCUCCCAGAUCUGGAAUACCUCUCGCUGCGCGGUGUCCAGUGGAGCUGGGCCGCCGUCAGCUCGGUGUUGCAGUGUGCGAGCGAGGUGAAGCACCUUGUGAUGAAGAUUGAAUUCUGCGGUGAUUUUGAUGUGCUCCAGCCGUUCCCGGAGAUCGAUUUGGUCGAUUUCUUCAACGGCCAUCCCAAGCUCACCAAGUUUGAGAUCCAUGGUGCGAUGUUUGCUGCUCUGUGCCAGAAAAACAGCCUGAAAAACUUGGAUUCAAGAUUCUGCAUCCCUUGCUUGGAAGAGCUUUUGAUCACCGUGCGCUCGCCUCUCAAUGCCGAACAGAAGUUGAGCACUCUUGAAUCGCUUGUGAAGUACAGUGUCAGGCUGCAGUCGAUGGUCAUCCGAAUCUCACAGAUGAAGAAUUGCCAUGAUGCUGCUGAUGAUUUCUUUGAGGAGAUAUGUAAGUUCAAGUACAUCAACUACAGGAAAGUGCGGAUUGAAUAA